AUGGAGCCAAUAACGAAGUACCUUGUUUCUGGAGAACUACCGCAGGACAAGAAAAUGGCUCAGAAGCUACUUUAUCAAGCUCUUCAACACAAAGCCAUAAAGAGCUUCUCCUCUAUAUCUCAUCCACAGGAAAAUAGACAAGUGGAAGCUGUCAACAACAUGCAUAAGGAUACUUUAAAGAAAAGGCUAGAGCAGGAAAAAGAUGCUUGGCCCAAGGAACUGCCUAGAGUACGAUGGAUCUAUCGUACAACUGCUAGGAUGUCCACCGAACAUUCACCAUUCUCCAUGGCCUAUGGGUAUGAAGCUAUGCUCCUAGUUGAGGCUGCCAUCUCCAUGCAGCGAAGAACAACGUAUGACCCAACUACCAAUCAUGCUUUACUUCAAGAAUUAUUGGACCUAGUUGAAGAACUUUGUGAAGAUGCCCAACUUCGAGUAACUUCCUACCAACAAAUGGUUUCCAAGUACUUCAAUUCUAAAGUGAAAGAUAGAAAGUUUGAGGUCGGGGACUUGGUGUUGCGAAGAGUUUUCCUGUGGAUGUACUUGCUUGCAGACCUGGACAAGUGA